CAGGGAGGGGACAGGCGGCAGCCCAGCAGUUACACAUUUCUCUCAAGAAUCUCGGACGUGGUCACAGGCUCAGGGGCAGAACGGUGACCAUGGCCGGGCUGGUGCUGUGUCCUGCGUCCAGCAACUGGAUGGUGCUGUUGGUGCUGCUGCUUUCAGGUGAGCCGGUGUCACCAAUCACUGAUGAAGACAUGUACCUGAAUCCCAAAGGAAGCGCUUGUUCCCGGAUCUGGCAAAACCCCCGUUUCGUGGCCAGGAAAAGGGGCUCUGUGGUGAAAAUGCAGUGCCACAUAGACAGCUCCAGCUUCACUAGCAUGGUGACCUGGUUCCGCAAACAGGAGACAGACAAGGAGGCCCAGAAACUGUCUCUAGAACAGGGCCACAUCCAGCAGACCCAUAACGACUCCAUCCACACCCUCAUCAUUCAAGGCGUCCAGUUUGAGGACAAUGGCAUCUACUUCUGCCAGCAAGAGUGCCCGGGGACAGACACCGGUGUCUCCCGGGGCUGCGGCACGGAACUUCGAGUCAUGGGAUUCAGCACCUUGGCACAGCUGAAGCGGCGGAAUACACUGAAAGAUGGCAUCAUCAUGAUCCAGACUCUCCUCAUCAUCCUUUUCAUCAUUGUGCCCAUCUUCCUGCUGCUGGACAAGGAUGACAGCAAAGCCGGGAUGGAGGAAGAUCACACCUACGAGGGCCUGGACAUUGACCAGACAGCCACCUAUGAGGACAUAGUGACUCUGCGGACAGGGGAGGUGAAGUGGUCUGUCGGGGAGCACCCAGGCCAAGAAUGAGGAGCCAGCGCCCCUGCCCCAGGACACCGUUUCUGGGCCUCAUUGACUGCAUCAGAGUUGCCUGGUUCAUGGUCCGUCCCCUCCUCCCUGGACCCCCAGCUGGUCUCUGAGGCUGGCCCACCAGAGCCGCCUCCCCUUCCAGCCAUUGUUCCAGGCUCUUACCAAAGGGCCUAGAACGGAAGGACAACAGACAGUGACUUGGAAUGGGGAGUGGAUAGACUGGGCCCAGCCUUCUGCGGGUGCUAUACAGGAUCCCCACCUUGGGGACGUGAAAGCAGAGACUUGUUAAAACCUGUAAAUGGCGUCUAACGCAAACUAGCUUCCUACAGGGUCUUGGAAAAGCCAUGGCUCCCCAAGGACCCCAGAACGGUUAUUGAGAAUUGCAUUCCUCUCUCCCAUCCUCUCCCCUCUAAUGGGGCACCAUACCUGGAGCCCAUUGUCCCAUGGAAUAAACGAUGUGUCUGACAACCUC